AUGCGUCGAGGCCCCAUCGACCAGCUGGUGGUGCGUGUAAUUCCGGACCCAGAUCGCUCCGUAGCUGAGCAAACAGCCAUAAAAGAAUUCAGCGAAUACCCAUCUGACUUCACCGACUUACUUAGGGUGAUGGGGAAGGCCAAGGGAGUCAUGGGUCUGUCGUCCAUCUCUUCGCUCUCGCAACCUCUGCCUGCCAAAGCAUUUGCCAGAGACGUCCUAAGUAUCGAAAUUCAAGGUCCUUCUCGCCAGCAGCUCACCUUGGUGGAUAUCCCGGGAUUGAUUCGGUCUGAAACACAAUGGUUCACUAGCCAGGACCGCGAGAUGGUUGCUGAAAUUACAGACGCAUACAUCACACAACCUCGGACAGUUUGCCUUGCCGUCAUUUCAGCUACCCAUAACCAUGCCUCCCAGUUGAUUUUGGAAAUGGUCCAUGAUGCUGAUCCCACUGGUGAGCGGACUUUAGGGAUCAUCACAAAGCCUGAUUCACUCAAUGCCGGGUCCAAUGAAGAGAAGAUAUCCUUGGACUUGGCUCGAAAUGUGAAAGUCGUCUUUAAACUGGGAUGGCAUGUGAUCAAGAAUGAAAAGGUUAGCGAAUCUGCCUUUUCCUUUGAGCAAAGAAAUGCUACAGAGGCGAGUUUCUUUCGUAACUCCAAUUUCAAUUCAUUGCCCGCCCACGGUUUGGGUAUCGAUGCUCUACGGGCACGUCUCACUUUCAUCUUGUUCGAGAAUUUCAAACGAGAAUUGCCAAACUUGACUCGAGAGUUGGAAUCAGCCGUGACAGAAACGACAUCUCAGCUCCGAAAACUGGGGGAUGGCCUUGCAACAACCUCGCCAAGGCACUCUCGAAGCUAUUUGACGCGACUGAGUAUGGACUGUGUUGAAAUCAGCAAUGCAGCUAUCAAUGGCAAUUAUGAAAGUCUUUACUUUCACGGCGACUCUCAUGAGACUUCCUCACUCAAGUCAGCUUCAUCAAUCAAGAGGUUGCGCACGGUGAUUCAGCAUCUCAAUCGCGAUUUCGUUAGCGAGAUUCAAAUUCGUGGAGCCAAGUACCACAUCAUGUCUCCCGACCAGGAGACUCAAAUGUCAAAACACUUGGCAGAUUCUACAAUACCAGGAUCCGUGCAGCUAUCAAAAGACAAAGCCCUAGGAUGGAUUUCGCGAGUGAUGGAGAGAUCACGUAGAAAGGAAUCUUAUGGCAAUUUUAAUCCUUCCAUCAUUGGCGAGCUUUUCUGGGAACAAACUAGCAAAUGGCAGGCUCUUGCAGAACAACAUGUAGAUCGUGUCUUCUGCAUCUGUCAGAAGUUCUUUGAUCUUCUGUUGGAAGAGAAGUGUCCAGGGUACAUUGGAGUACGGCUAUCACAAUUUGAAGUGGUAAAAUCUCUCAAUACUCGCCGUGAAUGCGCGUACAAGGAGGUUUGGAAUCUGAUGGAUGACAACCAAGACUUCCCCACAGUUUAUGACCAUGAUUACGCUGCCACGAUCCAGAAACAACAGUCAGAAAGGAUGCAAAGCGUUCUAAGGGAAGCGAUUGAUGAUGCAGCAUCGCAGCCUGAAAGUCAUGAAAUUGUCUCAAAGAACGCCACCUCAUCGAUUAGUCUUGAUGCUGUCAUGGCACAAGUUCGCUCGAAGACCCAUCGAGAUAUGCACUCUUACAGCUGUGACCAUGUUCUUGGCUGUCUUCUCGCGUUGUACAAGGCAAGUUUAUUCUUAAUAUUGGGAAUUCGAGCUUCUCCAACUGACUUCCACUAG